UUUCCCACACCUCAAAAGGUCCUCAACCAUGCAGGAAAUCUUGGAGAUGCUUGCAAUCUUGCUAGCGUCGCAGCCCUUCGCCACUUCCACAGACCAGAUGUUACUGUGGAAGAGGAUGGCAGAGUAACAAUCCACACCCUGGAGGAACGAGAACCCAUACCAACCUUCAUGAAGAAAGUUCCUGUCUGCCUGACUUAUGCCUUCUUUAUGGUGGAUGAGAAAUGCCAUAUGCUAAUGGAUCCUUCAGAUUUGGAAGAGAGAGUGAUGUCUGGCAAACUAAUUGUAGGCCUUAACCCACACGGUGAGAUUACAUCCAUGAUGUUUCCUGGUAGAGUUGCACUUCAAAAACGUGAAAUCAUGAACUGCAUUCAGAAUGCUUUCUCAAAGGCCAAGGCAUCAGCUGAGAUGAUUGCUAGGGUGGUCGAUGAUGAUGUGAUGAAAAGAAAAUCUGUCAUUAAACCAGCUGGAUAUACAAAUUGUCUUGUAUCAGAUACUACAUACAGAAGAAAGAAAAUUGACGAGUUAAUUGAAAAUGAGAUAAGAGGGGAGUUUGUCGUCCCUGAGGAACCUAUGGAAGAAGAGGGCCCCAAAAUAGAAGACCGCAUGUAUGAUUCCGAGGAAGAGGAAGAGGAGGAGUCCAUGGAGUCAAGUAGUCCAAAGAAACCAGUUCAAGCAGCUGUAAAUAACAAAAAGAAGAAAACAACUUCCAUGAGUGAUAGCGAAGAAGAAGAGACUGGAGAAACCUUAACUGCAAAAGAUUUACAGUAGAAUUUCUUGGUAUGGUAGCAGUAGCCCCAACAUCCACUUUUUGAAUUUUAUAUACUAGUGUCCACAUAUACAUUCUAAUGGUUGACCUGUUGUUAGACUUAAAGAAUGAAUAUAUAACAGUACUGUAUGAAUAUGAAUAUGAAUAAAUCAGUGACAUGAA